AUGCCCGUGCACGUGCCUUGGACGGCCCCUGCACAGCGGUCGUCCUCUCACCCAGGCCUCCCUCCACCCGAGUCUGCUUGCUCGCACGCCAUGUAUCCUCCGCGUCUCCCCACUGCGCGCCUCGCCGGCCCUCGACUAGACCUCAUCAAGGCCCUCAGCACAGCGGCACAAGCAUCCAUGGCCACGCGCGGCCGCCCGGAGCACCUCCAAAGGCACUCGUCGAGGCAUCGCAGCCCGGUCAGCAUGGGCUUCGACAACGCGCCCACGCCCUUCAUCGCCCCGCGCGCAACUUGCGUCACCGGCCCGUCCUCCCGCAAAGUGCGCCCGCUCGCUGCGCGCAUCACCCGCGACUGUCUGCCGUCCCCGGUUCUCCUUGAUCGCGACGACGAGCAGACGUCCCGUACUCCGCCCCAAUGUCGACGACGUCCACCGCCGCGCAAGGUAAAUACAUUCUUCUUUUUGUGCGUCGCUCGUCGUCGCGCCCCGCACUGUCUCUCCACAGCCCGCCUCUGUCGCCCAAGCCCGCCCGCUCGCUCCCGGUCUUCGGCAUACGCUGCACCCGCCUCGCCCACCUCUGCUGCUGCCUCUUGCCAUCGGUCUUCCACGGCUGCCCGCCCCGUCUUGACGCGCGCCGUCUCCUCGGCGCGUCUCGCACGGCGGCCUCCUAUCGUGCACCAUCACCUGUUCCUCUCGCUUCCGCCUCCGUCACGCGUCGUCAAGCAUGACGCCCCAUCGUCCUCUCAUCCCGCGCAUGCAGCGACGCCCGCAGCCAGCGCGCCGCCCAGAGCACCCACGCGCGAUCCUCGCGUCCUUGCUAGCACACAUGUCACAGCCCGCUACUGA